AUGGAGGAUAGCCAUACAAGCGCGACUAUCACCGCAAUCCUUCACGAGAUCCCAAUGCACUUUGAGAAGACAGUGAUCAUAACAUUAACGAAAUAUUUAACUUCGAGCGUUACUCGCAUUCCUUUUUUAUCAAAAAUGACCAAGAUGGUUGCUAAAAGCAUUGAGAUUCCGAAUCAUGUUUUUGGAAGGAACAUUUAA